AUGGAAAACUACUCUAUUAACAGUGACAUACUUGAAAUCCAGGGUUUAGACAUCCCUGAGUCAUCCAUUUACCCAGUGUUCUUUGCAGUGCUCUUCUUUUACAUCACUCUGCUGAUAUCCAAUUUUGGUGUGCUGAUACUCAUUAUAACAGAGAAAAGCUUGCACCAACCCAUGUAUCUCCUGUUCUGCAACCUAUCAGUCAACGAUCUCUUUGGCAAUACUGUUUUACUUCCCCGUUUGCUGUCUGACAUGUUUGCUUCAAAGAAAUUAACCACGUAUGCCCAGUGUGCCACACAGGCCUUUUGUAGUCACAUAUUUGGUUCAGCCUCACAUAUGAUACUAAUGCUGGGUCUCACAAUUAGGUUGUCUCGCUGUAGAUACAUUAUCCUUAAUGCUUAUUGUGAUAAUGCAUCAUUGUUUAAAUUAUCUUGUGAAGAUGUGUACAUUAAUAACCUAUAUGGGCUGGUUUUUACUGCAGUACUUUUUGGCUCCUCAAUAGGAUGUAUUGUUGUGACAUACUUAAGGAUUGCAAUGAUAUUCUGGACUAAAAAAAGCAAAGUGCUCAACAACAGAGCUCUACAAACAUGUGGAAGUCACUUAUUAGUAUUUAUGAUUAUGAUUAUGACAGGGUUCCUUACAAUAAUUCUUCAUCGUUUUCCGGAUUACCCAUAUUUGAGAAAAUUGGCAUACAUAUUUUUCCAUGUUGUGCCUGCUAAUUUAAAUCCAAUCAUAUAUGGUAUGCAAACAAAGUCUUUACGGCAGAAAAUUUGGCAGAUUUUAUUUAGAAAGGUGUCAUCCAGUGCACCACAGAGAUAA